AUGAAUGCAGAGUAUUUCAGAGAAAACGUGCUGCCAAAUCCACUGGUGAAGAACAGCAGUCUGGCUCUGCUCUGUGAAAACAUGAUUAGCCACGAUAACGCUUCGUUAUCUACGCCUCACUGGCCCCCUGCCUUCAGUCUUCCUCGACUGCCUAAUGCCAUACUAAUGGCCAUCGGUGGGUGGAAUGCUGGACAUCCAACCGACGCCAUUGAGUUGUAUGACGUCCACCUUGAUCGUUGGAGCAGCCUGACUCCCAGUCUUGAGUAUCCUUGUGCCUAUCAUGGCACCGCCAUCCUGAAUGGCUACAUAUACUGCCUUGGCGGUUUCAACACAUUUCAGCAUUUUAGCAGGGUGCACAAGUUUGACCUUGUCAACGGCACCUGGCAUGAGGCUGCUCCCAUGUACCACCGGCGCUGCUACAUUAGUGUGACCGUGCUCAAUGGCCGCAUUUAUGCCAUGGGAGGAUUCAAUGGACACAGACGACUCAAGGAAGCAGAGAGUUAUGAACCAAUGACAAACCAGUGGAAUAUGAUUGCUCCAAUGCACGUGGAAAGGAGUGAUACAAGCUGCACCACGUUCAACAAUAAGAUUUACAUUUGUGGAGGAUUUAAUGGAAUAGAAUGCCUGCAGACAGCUGAAUAUUACACCCCAGAGACCAACCAAUGGACAAUGAUCGCUCCCAUGAUCAGACGCCGCAGUGGCAUAAGAGUCAUCGCUUAUGCAUCUCAUAUAUACGCGGUUGGUGGCUUUGAUGGUGAAAGGCGUUUGAGGUCUGCUGAGGCCUACGACCCUGAGAAUAACAGCUGGAGGAAUAUCGCCUCCAUGAAGACCAAACGCAGCAACUUUGGCAUUGAGGUGAUUGAAGACCGGAUCUUCGUUGUUGGGGGCUUCAAUGGCCACACCACUUGCUCUAACGUUGAGUGUUACGACGCCACAUCUAAUGAGUGGUCUGAGGUCUGCAACAUGGAAGUUCAUCGUAGCGCCCUGAGCUGCUGUGUGAUAUCAGGGCUCCCCAACAUGACCGAUUACAUAGUUCCUCGUGUCGCCCAGCCGCUGAUGCCAGUCAUGGAGGGGGAACAAAUGGAGUCCUGA